GCCAUGGGUUAUGUCAGAGCUUACGUCUUUAUACUCGUUCCUGCUUUUUUCUGUGAAACUGCGGUGUACUGCGCAAGUAUCCCUACCAGUAGCCAAAGCGCUCAGUCAAAACCUAAAGGAUUCGGGACUGCCAAACGCGCGGUUAUCAUUGGUAAGUCACUUGUUGGUGUUAUACUGUAAUCAGAGUUUCGUUCCUGCAAUACUAUACAGUUGUCUGAUUGUAUUUUACUGAUAAUAGUACCUCAGACUGGACGCAUGUGAAAAGUUUUGAAAGGAGUGACAGAGAUUAUAGAGAUUGUUGAAUACUAUCUAACCUGGAUCCCGGCUCACAUUUAAGAUGUCUUUUUCAGCCGGUAGUUCAGCGGACAAAAAAGACGGCAGCUUAGCUUAUUGCAGAAUACUACUACCUACACUGGACCACCAUGUUCGAGAUAUCUUUUUCACCUCCACGUUUGAGAUAUCACUUUUGCCCUAGGUAUAGUUCCGAGACACAAACCAUGACAGCUUAUUGUAGAAUACUACUUACACUGGACCACCACGUUUGAGCCGAUAUAUUUUCAGGUAGUUCAGACACAAAUAUCGGCAACUCUUUGUAGAAUACAUCUACUUUUCUCUUAUAGGUGUAGACGGUCUUGGGGGCGCUCACUUGAGAAAUGUAACAGAUCACUAUCCAAUAUUCAGAUCGUUUUUUGAACACGGUUCUUACACCACUCGAGCUAGGGGAGUUUUUCCAACUGUAUAAGUAUAAAUAUUGUUUCUCCGUUGAUGGCUUCAACCUCCAACUACACCGGCUUUAAAUUACUUUAAAAGGUAGCUUGCAUGGGGGGGGGGGGGCUGUGUUUGGUUGUCAGGUAUUUAUACUUCUUCGACAUUUCAUGAAUCCAAACCCCAACGAAGAGAGAAGGAUUGGGUAUACAACAUUUUGAGUGAGUAAAAGGUGGGGUAAAUAAAAAACCGAUUGUCAUUUCCAAAGCAUGACCAUUGAACCACUCAAAUAUUGAAGACUAAAAAGCAAUGUCAACAGUCAUAUGUCAAAACAAUAUGUAAAUCAAUCAAGGUCACCAUAUCUUGAUCAUUUUCCGAUUUGUCAGGAGGCAAGUUAAUGUACAUGUGCAGACAACAUGAAACUUUAGCCUGCAGAAAAUUGCACAAGCAGUUAUGAAACUCAUGUCACAGAAGUGGUAAAGGAUAUAUGUAUCCUUUUGUAAAGUUUUUUGGGUUGGGUAAAAAACAUUUUGACAUUUUAGCGGUUGAAUCAGCAAAAUGUUUACCAAGAGAAACAGUUCUCUUCGAUAUUUUUCUUCUGGCAUAAAUAAUGACCGAUCCCUAACGUAGGACAUUUAUUUCUCUAGUCAAGUGGGCCAAACUGGUGUUCCUAUCUGACUGGAUUAAACGUUAUGGAACAUGGCGUGUUCAAUAAUUCUUGGAAUCCUGCGAAUGGCAAUCCAGAUAAAGAGACAAGCUACAGUAUUCCACCAGUCACAGGACGUGGUCGACCUCAAACUAUUUUUUCGCAAGUAAAGAAGAAGGAUCCGAAUCUACAGGUUGAAAAUCAAAUUGAUGGCUAA